AUGGAAGACGAUAGUACAGUGUUGAACGAAUUAGUUAUUGCUAAGGAAAACAUUAAACGUAAAUUUGAAGCAUUAAAAAGAGGUGAUGCCGACAUUCAAUCUUAUGUAUCACAAACAUUUAAACCAAUAAUCGAGCCUCUGAACAAAUUACAUAACCAAUCGCCAACACCACAAACUUCCGAAGCAGGUAAUGAUAAUGACAUUUCGAAUGCAAUUGAAGAUUUAGCUACCGAUAAUCGGACGGGAACUUACCGGUCAUUAGAAGAAUGUGAGAAAGAUAAAAUAUAUGGUCCAAGAAAAAAAUCUGAUGGUGUUAUUAAAAUAGGCCAUGAAGAAGUAAAAUUUAAAAACAAUGAAAUAAUUAUCAAUGAUUCAUCUUAUCAGCUAACACCGGGGCUUGUUGAGUUAUUGUUUUCUAGAUAUCCAAUGCAAUAUACUGAUAGUGAUUUAAAUACAUAUAAAUCAAUACUUAUUCAAACAUCGGCACAUUUAACGCUGGAAGGUACAAAAAUUAAGCAAGGUGGUGCAAAGUAUAAACAAAUUAUUUGUAAGCUAUUUUCCUCGGGGGCCGGUGUGCAAUUACAAACGCAUAAUUUAGUAUAUUGGAAUGAUCCGAAUGAGUUGGUUGAUAGAUUAAGACUUCUUUUAGCCUCUCAAUCUGCGGGAAACACCGGAGUUUCAAACGAAAUAUUAUCUAUUUUUGAAGAACUCUAUGAAUCCGGUAUAACAAAGAAAAUACCUAAUGUCUAA